AUGAACAACCGCCAGAUAGAGCAAGCUCUGGGGAAUUUGGUCCCGACCCAUGCCAGUGAUCUACCGCAAGAGCUCUUGAGCCUGGCUUUCAGUCUCGUUGCUCAAUCCCGAAGCUUUUCCGCCAGCCUGAAGCCCGAGGAAGAAAUCGCCCGGCCUUAUGCCUGCGCAGAGAUCGCCUGCAAGAGGCUCACUCGAGCAUUAAAUCUUCCUCCUUUGCUCGGUCAUCCCCCAUGCCCUCCGCGCGCCUACAAGAAGCUCUAUUCAUACCUAGACAAGUCCCUCUCAGCAAGCUCUGCCGGCAUCAAACGAUCAGCGAGUGGGUCUGUCGCUGGUACCCCAUCGCGAACCAACUCUACCCAGACAGCGCCUACCAAAGCCACAGUCGGUGGGCGAACCCCUUCAAAGGCCGCUCCCGCGCCCCGAGGCCUACAAAACACACCAUCUAGAUCAACGCCCUUGAAGAGAAGCGUCAGUGUCGCCAAGCUUGGCACACCAUCCAAGUCCGCACGCAAGCCCGCACCCCGCCCUAAUGGCAUUUCUGCCUCGACUGUUAUCCCAGAUGCCCCAGCAUGGGCAAUGACAGCGAUCCGGACAGUAUGCAAGACACUCUCGACUCCAGCACCACGGACGACCACAUGGUCCCGGCCUCCAAUCUCAAGAACCCUUCCUCCUCACAUUUUCGCCGGUGUCUCGUCUAUCCUUUACUUGACGUCCAGUAUGUCCAGUAACGAAGAAGGAAUGGAUGAAGAGACCCUAGAUUUCCUGGAGCCCAUUGUGUCGAUUACGAAUGCGAACAACGAUGACGAUUUCAAGGAGCUUGUGUACGCCAUGGUCGUGUCUGUUUAUUUCCUUGUUUUGGCUCGUCGGCGAAACCCAGCUGCAUCGUCAGAUGGUGAAGUAGUGAAUGAAGGCCAAAAGAUGGAUAAGAAAACCUUCACCGAGAUGCGCCAGACGGCACUGACUAGUCUUGGUCUCCCGAACGACAGGCGCCACCGUGACGAUGUUGAUCAAUGGAUUGGUUUGAUCAUGGAGCAAGGCUGGGCCAACGAUCAUGAAUGGUUUGAGAAUAUUCCACUUGCGGGAGAGCUGGACGGCGAGGACGAGGAAGGCAAUUCCUUCCGUAAUCUUGAUGAAGAGGAUGCAGCCUUCCGUGGUGUUAGCCUACCUAAGCGCAACGAUGCGAGUGGGAGCAGUAAGAAAGGGUCUCAGUCCAAUAAUGCUACUCACGGUGGUCUCCUUCCGGGCCUGGGAACCAUGAUGCAGGACCGCCUGGAUUGGCUCAGCGACGUCCGCCGCGAAAACUUUAUCGACUGGAAAGCGGAAAUGCUGGGCCGUAUUGAGGGUGGACAUAGCACGGUUGAACUUGCACCUGUCUGA